GUACCACUGAAGGUACUAGGUCGAUUCGAGAGGAUUAAACAGCUGGAGAUCGAGUUACCGAACGGAGGUCUGAGAUUAGAGAAACGAGCGGCGAUCAAGUGGAGAGCGGAGUACGUUAAGACAUUGAAGCGGUGUGUGAUCCUAGGGUUCCAGUGCGGCGUGUGGUGGCGGAGUAAUCGGACUCGAGUUCCUGCGGUUUGGAUGAGGAUGAGGCAUGAGGUGAAGUUAGAGUUGUCGAAUGGUGUGAUGAUGGAAGGCACGACGCUUGUGGUGGUUAGACCGACUGUGAGUGCGGGUUGUAUGGUGGAGGAAGCGGAAGACGAAUGUAAUUGGGAUGGAUUCGGAUUUGACAGUGUUUAUGGUGAGGCGGUUGAGAAACUGAUUAACCGACAGAGUUAUUUGCUUGAGAUGAAUUCGUUUUGA